AUGUCAGCAGCUACAAUGAAAGAGAAGCCUAGUGCUCUAAGAUCUAUCAUCGCUGGGGCAACAGCUGGAGCCAUUGAAAUUGCCGUCACCUAUCCUGCAGAAUUUGCAAAGGUUCGCACACAGCUAAAUAAGCGGCUCCCCGACGGGCAAAAGCUUCCCUGGCCACCGUUCGGACGUCAGUGGUAUACGGGAUGCACAACGAAUAUUGCUGGCAACUCAUUUAAGGCUGCUGUUCGAUUUUUGGCAUUUGAUACCUUUAAAAGCCUGCUGUCAGAUGAAAAUGGCAAUAUAUCAGGACCUCGAACUGUCCUUGCCGGACUCGGAGCUGGUAUUUCCGAGUCCGUGCUCGCCGUGACGCCCUCUGAGAGCGUUAAGGUUAAAUUGAUUGACGACAAAAAAAGUCCAAAUCCUAGGAUGAGAGGUCUCAUACAUGGCACUGGUGUCAUAAUACGGGAGCAGGGCCCUCGAGCCCUUUUCAAUGGUCUUCUUCCGACGACCGUACGACAAGCGUCUAGUUCGGCAGUACGAUUUGGGUCAUACAUGACGAUGAAGCAGCUAGCUCAGAGUUAUAUACCCCCAGGAGAAAAGCUCGGCUCCGCUGCAACCUUUGGCAUCGGUGCUAUGGCCGGAACUAUCACCGUGUACGUGACUAUGCCAAUUGAUGUAGUCAAAUCAAGAAUGCAGUCUCUACACGCUAGUCAGUACAGGAACUCGAUAGAGUGCUUUUAUCGAAUUGCGACUGAGGAGGGAGUACGGGCACUGUGGUCCGGGGCACUGCCAAGGCUUGCAAGAUUAAUGAUGAGUGGAGGAAUCGUCUUUACCCUGUAA